GAGUUACCAACAUAAAAGGUGGAGUAUUUGUGGGAAAAGAAACAGGAAAUAAUGUGGAAAAGAGGAAUAACGAAACCAACAACAAAGGAAACGAGUCAAAACUAGGAUUUGACGAUUACGUUUUUUCGCUCUAUGAGGUGGGACGUAUACUCGGCGAUGGUAAUUUCGCCGUUGUUCGCCACUCUCGUAAGAAAGAAACAGGUCAGGAGUUCGCCAUAAAAGUUAUAGACAAGGCGAAGUUGAAAGGGAAGAACCAUAUGGUGGAGAAUGAGAUAGAUAUUCUCAAAGACUGUUGCCACCACAAUAUCGUCAGGUUAUUUGAAGAGUAUGAGACAGCCAGUCGUAUCUACCUCGUCAUGGAGUUGGUCAAGGGUGGAGACCUGUUUGAUGCCAUCACACAGAACGUCAAGUUCCCAGAGGUUGAAUCGGCACUGAUGGUCAAAGAUCUCUGCAACGCCCUUUUCUACAUGCAUUCUCGGAGUAUCGUACACAGGGAUCUGAAACCGGAGAAUUUGUUGGUUCACAGAGGUAAAGAUGGAAGGAUCACUCUCAAGUUGGCAGACUUUGGGCUUGCUAUGGAAGUCAAACAGCUCAUCUACACAGUUUGUGGUACUCCCACUUAUGUGGCUCCAGAAAUACUCUCUGAUACAGGCUAUGGUCUGGAAGUGGACAUGUGGGCCGUGGGAGUGAUAACUUACAUCUUGCUAAACCAGACAGAGUUGUUCAAGUACAUCAAGACUGGAGAUUUCAAGUUUAUCUCUCCCUACUGGGACAACACAUCCAGAAACCUAAUCAGUCAUCUCUUGGUGGUAGACAGAAAGAAGCGGUACACUGCCACCGACGUGCUGUGCCACAAGUGGGUUCUGU